AUGAUUAUGUGGCCAAGCAGGGGAAAAAUUCAGUUGGAGCUUCCAGAGGCCUUUCGAAAAAUCUAUCCCAAAGUUCGGUGCAUUAUUGAUCGCACUGAAGUUUUUACAGAAACCCCAAGUGCUCUUGACAUCCAAGCUACACUCUGGUCUGAUUAUAAACGUCAUUCAACAAUGAAGUUUCUGAUUGCAGUCACUCCAAACGGAGCACCGUGCUAUGUGCCACCAUGCAAUGGAGGAAGGGCAACUGAUAAAUUUAUUGUUAAAGACUGUGGUUCCUUAAAUUUUGUGGAACCGUAUGACCAGGUCAUGGCUGAUAGGGGUUUCAAGAUAAAAGAUGAACUGUUGAUGAGCAAUGCUUACCUUUGCAUUGCACCCAGUACCAAAGCU